CGUGCUCUCUUCGUCUCAUUUUACCAGUCAGUUAAGUUCUGUAUCUUCAGGAUGAAGGGCGACCUGUUUGAGUCGACGUCCUGUCAAGUGGUUCACGAUGUCUUCGCGGACGUUCUUUCCGCAGGUCUCAUCGUGGGCCUCAUCAUCUCCUAUGCUCCUCAGCACCUACGGAUAAUCAACAAAGGCUCCUCAGAAGGUUUCAGUCCAUGGUUCCUUCUCCUGGGGAGCACGUCGUCUGCCUCCGGCAUGCUGAACAUUGUCGUCAAGCAAUGGGGCGUGAUUAGUUGCUGUCGCGUCUGGAGCUUUGGGACUUGCCUAGAAGCUGCUGCUGGUGUCAUACAGGUCGCCCUGCUAUGGCUCCUCUUCGACAUCAUCCUCGUGCUUUACAUGAUAUACUACCCACCUCACCUCAAAUACCUCACUGUCACUAUCGACUCGCAUGAUUCACGAUCGAUCCGACCGGAUUCACCGCAACGCCUGAGGACAAACGUGAAGACAGAUGAAUGGCGGACUUCUGUCAUCUUAGCAUGGGUUGUUCUCAUUCACCUAAUCCUCAUCACCUUCGUAACUUUCCUUCUCCUCUCAUUCACCCAAACCGAAGCCCACUCCACACAACUCGAUAUAUGGGCUACCUUCCUAGGCCUAUUUUCCGGCGGUGUUGCCGUUUUACAAUACUAUCCCCAACUGCUUAGGACGUACAGGACGAAGCUAGUGGGCGCGCUUAGUAUACCGAUGAUGGUAAUCCAGACACCGGGUGGACUGGUCAUGGUGCUUUCUAUUGCCCUCCGGCCUGGAACGAACUGGACGAGUUGGAUAAUGUACCUUGUCGCCGCCAUCAUGCAAGGCAUCCUUCUUGUCCUCUGUCUUGCUUGGAAACGCCGCCAACAUCGUCUCGGCAUCGACGACUUCGGCGUUCCAAUCCCUUCCAUCCACAGCCACGACAACGGGCCUGGAGGCUCUGAGGUUCCUGUGAGAGUCGGAAUGAGGAGAGGUAGUGGGGUCGAAGAUGGGGAGACCGUGGGAGAUGCAGUCGAGGAGGCAGUCGAGGGAAGUAUUGUAGAUGAGGAAGGGGCUAUGUUCGGCCGCCAGGAAGGAAAUGGAAGCGAGAGGACUGAUGUGUCUAGUGGCCAGGAUGAGAGGACGGCGUUGUUGGGGAAGAAAGAUGAAGGGGAGAGGAAGGGAUUGUGGGGUAGGUUAACUGGCUGGGCGAAGUGAUUGAUAGAGGUCUACCGUGCAGGAAGUCAUGAAUUUCCUUGACUAGUGGAUCGCGGAUGGACUGGUACAUAUCGUGGACGGAUACAUGGGAGUUAUGUUAUAGCCUAGGAAGAUGAACACACUAAUAUUUGCUCUUCCUGGCUUACAACCAGCCAUU